UGACCAGAGAAGUAGUUCCCGUGUCAGGGGCGUGGUAAUGUGACGUAUUUCCGACGGGUGACCCCUCUCGUCCUUCUUAGUUGCAGACUAGUGACGGAAGAUGGUGCUGGAAGAAGAGAGAGAUUGGGAAGGGGAACCCGAGGAGGAGGAGGAGGAGGAGGAGGAAGAAGAAGAGUUAGUGGAUCCCUUAACCACAGUGCGGGAGCAGUGUGAACAGUCUGAAAAAUGUGCAAAGGCUCGAGAGGUGCUGGAAUUGUGUGAGACUCGAGUCAGUUCUCGCUCGCAUACAGAAGAGGAGUGCACUGAAGAACUCUUUGACUUUCUACAUGCCAGGGACCACUGUGUGGCUCAUAAAGUCUUCAAGAACCUAAAAUAAUGUUUUUAAUUCUCAUGAAUGACUUUUGUUUGUUGAGCUGGAUGGUCAGUGGCUGUGAAACCUCAUCCUAUGGAUUGUGACUCCUUGAUCCUGCUUUCAGUACAGUGCUAUUCUCCGCACCAUGGCUAAUAUCUUGUGGGAUAAAUGCCUAUAAGUAAAUAUCCACAGUAAUGUUGUGACUGUUAAUAAAGCUAUUUGGUGUUAAGUCCA